GCUUCGACUUCUUUACCUCAUUCUCCUGACUGCCUGAACUCCUGCACCUUCAUUCUGGCUUUCCCACUCCCAUCAGCACCCUCUCAUUUAUGCAUACAAACACACAAGUGACCACACUGUUCUGCACAUUCACACACUCCCAAACACACACACAUGCUGACACCCAUCCCCUCCUGCCGGCGGAGUCGGGCGAUGCAGGAGCAGCAGCAGCAGCAGCUGUUCUGACACAUUUUGGCGUGACGACCAACACACAGAAACGGCAGGAGGAGCGAAGGAGGUGGAGAGGAUAAGGAGGAGGGGGGCAGGAGGAGGAGAGAGAAGAAGAAGAAGAGGAGGAGGACACGACUCUACUGAAAGGACACCGGAGGACAGGAAGAGGAGAGAAGGAGGACGAGGAGAAGGAGGUGAAGGAGGAGAGGAGAGCGGUGUUGCAGCCAUGUCAGACACACCUUUGCAGAGGAACGGCACCGCCACACCACCGAUGUCGUGUGAGGAGGCUCAGCUCCACAAAGAGCGGCUGCAGGCCUUGGCGGAAAAGCGAAAAAGGCAAACUGAAAUUGAAGACAAAAGAAACCAGCUGGAUGACCUGGUGCUGCAGCUACAGCAUCUCAAGUCCAAAGCCAUGCGUGAGCGAUGGCUCCUCCAGGGAAUGGGAGUGGAGGAAGAGGAGGCACGACGAAAACAGCUGGAACAGGACGAAGAGCAAGGGAAGCGCUUGGAAGACAUGAUACAAAGGUUGGAGUCUGAAAUUGGUGCCCUUGAAAGUGAAGAGUCUCAGAUCUCAGCCAAAGAGCAGGUUCUACGGGAACGUCUAAAAGAGACGGAGCGCUCCAUCGAAGACCUGCAGAAGAGUCUGAUGACCCAGGAUGGGGAUGCUACAGGCUGCAUGUCCGCCCCCCUUUCGGACUGCACUGAUCCCGAUCCAGACCACCUCGUCCUGGCCACUCAGCCCCGGACCGGCUCGCUAGCUUCUGGAGAGCACGCCGUACCCAGACCCGGCUACGGCCCUUCAUCUGGGGUUGCCGUGACAACAACAAAUGGAUACCAAGCUGCCAUUGUGACCAGACAUCCUCACACUGCCAUGAAAUCGUGGCGGGAAGCCGAGGAUGUCAGUGACCCGAUCCCCAGAGAGCGAGCCCUGAAGAGUGUUAGUUUCCAGGAGUCGGUCAGCGUUAUCACUGACAGGCCUGCAGUCAUGGAACUAGAGUGCCAGCAGAUCCAACAUGGCUGCCUCAGCAGCCCCGGUAACCAGGCUCACAAUGCAGUCGGUGUAAAAGAAACUCCUGACAGCGAGGUUGUGCAGGAGAUCUGCUACUUGGACCAGGUGUUAGAUGCUGCUUCAGAAACACCUACCAAUGGAAACUCCUCACCGUCAGAACACAGCAGACCUAUAACCAUCGACGGAUCCUCUCCUUCCAUCCAUGUAUUGGCCUCCUCUCCAGCCAAUCACCAGUCGAUCACCGUGGAGGGGCCGAGGCAGACCACGUUCCUGCACCACGGCGACCCUGACAUCCGGACAAAUGGCCACGUUCAGGGCGAAGAGAUCGGAAGCAGCAGGGCAAAGUUUGAGCUGAGAGCUUUUCAGGAAGAGAAACGGCCAGCAAAACUGUUCACCCCCGGAGAGGAGCAGGAGGUCAGGGUGACGAGGAGGCGACCCUCAGAGGAGGUGCAGGAGCUGGAACGUGAGCGACAGGAGCUGAUCCGAGACCAGGCAGUGAAGAAGAACCCUGGGAUCGCUCAGCGCUGGUGGAACCCCCCUCAGGAGGUGCCUUUGGAAGAGCAGCUGGAUCCAGAGCAGCUUGAAUCUCUCAGGAAAUACCAGGAGAGGAAGCAACAGAAGCAGAGUCAUACUUAUACGUACACACAGCCUCAGAUGUCAGGUCCUCCCACAGUGGUGACCUUUGACCCCGACCUAACCAGGAAAGAUGACAUCGUAGAGGAGCAUGUUGACUUCACAGCUGCCAGGAAGCAGUUUCUCCAAGGAGGGGGGACCAAGAAGGACAUAACUCCUCACCUCUACUCUGCCAAACCCUUCUCAAAGUCCAGGAGCAGCCACGGAAACAGUGACAUUGUCGCCGAAACCGGAGAGAGUCACGUGACCUGGUCUGACGAAGGAAUCGCAGGGGAAUUCACAUGUGCACGAGCUGUAAUGACAAUCCUACCUGAGGAUGAAGAAGGGAAGAGCCAGUUUCAUGGAGGCUUUCACCCAGAGGAGUCUGACUCGGGAUUGGAUGAAUUAUCUGUCCGUUCUCAGGACACGACUUUGUUUAGCUUGGAUAACGUUUCAGACAGUGGGGCUUCGCUGCCUCCCACCCCACUGCCACUAACACCGGUGUCACCACCCACACCGCAGCCCACCACGCCUGUCAACGGGCAGACCGGUGGAAGUCCAACAGAAGACGAGUUAGAGUACCACGCAGGUGUGCUUGUUCAAAACGCCAUUCAAAACGCCCUCGCAGCUCAGAACGGGGGAGAGUGGCAGCCGUCUGACUUGAACUCCUCCCACCUGAGCCCCCCGGUGUCUCCAUCUGCUGCUUCUCAGCCUCUGUCAAGUAGCCCAGUGCCAGCUUCUUCCUCCCCUGUGUCUUCAGGUGAUGCCUCCAGUCUCCAAUCACCAGUGUCCACCAGCCCUGCUCCAUCUAACCCGUCCCCUCAGCCAGAACGACACCCAGAGGUCAGAGUGGUUUUUGAGGAGAAGCCCGCAGAACAGCCACAGCUCCAGGCGCCUUCUCCACCACCUCGUCAGUCCAUCUCACCCCCACAAAGAACCAAAGAGGGAGGACCAAGGAUCAAAAUCCAGUCCUCUUAUGCCAGAGCGCUCGCUGCCUCAGCUCCAGCUCCGGCUCCGGCCCCUACCCCAGUGGCUCCAGUUUCUAGGCCAACCCCAACCUAUCGCCCUCCUUCACCUCCGAGCCCAGAAAGAUCAGAGUUCAGCUACUUCAGUAAAUAUUCCGAGGCGGCUGAGCUGCGUAGCACAGCAGCGGUGGCCAAAGCCCCAGAGACGGAGGCGGCUAGCGGCCCGUUCCGCCUGCGCUCGAAGAAGCAGCGCACUCUGUCCAUGAUCGAGGAGGAGAUCCGAGCGGCUCAGCAGAGAGAGGAGGAACUGAAGAAGCAGAGGGAGAACCAGCCGCUAGGGAUUGUUCGCUCCGGCAAGGUGUCCGUCAGCAGUCAGGGCCCUGUGAGGACUGGGGUGCGAAAGACCACCAUAUCCCCAGCAGAUAAGAUGAAGAGCAACAGCCUACCGACCAGACUGACACUGACAGCCAGGACAGCACCAGGAAAGAUUGAGAAGGUUCGACCUGCCCCACCAGUCUCCCCCUCCCCCUCAGAAGGAGCUCUGUCUGACGCCGGCAGCGAGGACUCCGCAGGGUCACGGCCCAAGAACUUCAUGCAGACUCUCAUGGAAGACUUUGAAACACACAAGGUGAAGAGGAGGGAGAAAAUGGAGGACAACAGUUAUGCCCGAUUGUUGCUGGCCAACGAGGUAACCAAUGAGGUUCUGGAAGCCACUCGCGUCACCAGGAGGAAGAGCAACAUGGCGUUGAAAUGGGAGGCCGGUAUCUACGCCAACGAGGACGGAGACGAAGAGGAGGAGGAAGAGGAAGAAGAAGAAGAGGAGGAGGAGGAGGAGUAAAUGUUCCUUUUUGGGACAGUUUUGGACCAUGUUCAAGAAAGACUGUAGGAAGAGAAGGAUAUGAUGGAAAGAGUCAGGCAGAGGAAACAGUAUUUAUUCUACUUAAAGUAUUCUGAUGAUCACCGGUGGAGAGCCAUCAAGUUGUGACUUUUGGACGAGAAGGCUGAAAGUGUAUGUCGAGUGGACGAGUAUGUGAAAGACUUAACAGUGGAAAUAUUUAAAAUGUUGAGCUGAGGAUGGAGAGAGAAGUCGACGACGCAAAAGACACUUUGGAAGGUUUUAUGGUGGUUGAAGAGCAUUUUUCCCAAGGCUUUGAAUGAGACAGUUUUUUUUACAAGUUGGUGACGCUGAAUGAUUUAAAUAUUCAUAGGAUUUUUCACUUCUUACCUGUAAUUUCUUUACUGAAAUAGUGGCUGAGAUGAAGAUUUUACUCUGAAGGGUUGCCUGAAACUUGCCGAAGAGGUUUUUUUUUUUUGGUGUUUUUAGUGUGCAUUUAAUGACAACAGAUGAAAGGUUUCAUUUACAACCUUCUGAUUGAAAACACCGUCCUGGUCGUAUUUUUAAUAGGAUUCCCAAUGUUUUGCCUGUAUUUUUAGGGAUGCUGUAGGAAGGCUAUGGCGCUGCAGAUAAAGCAGACAUAUGACAAACUGGUUGAGUAGAAGCAUUUCCUGAACUGACUCCUGAAUACCACAACUUUUUGCUUAGAUUGUGGGAUAUGUGUGAUAUACGACCCUCUUCUGUCCUGUACUACAGUUCCAAUAAGCCUUAGAGAAAAUAAACAACCUUAGGUAGAGACUUUGUCUUAGAAUCACUAGUCUUCAGCGGCUUGUGGCAAUGUAUAGGGUUAGGGUGUCAAACUGGGUUUUAGUUCAGGGGCCACAUCCUCCCAGUGUGAGCUGAAGUGGGCAGGACCAGUAAAAGAAUAACAGAAUAAUAUAGAAAUAGUGAAAACAGAGUAGAGAUAGAGUGAAAAA